AUGAAUGUGACCGAGGUGAGGACGACAAUGAAGGAGCUGGACAAUGCACCGAGCGUUGACCGGCUCCUAGAAAUCUUGGAGUCGCUCAAUAGUGAUUUCAAGCCCACCGAGUCGCUGCUCCGCGAGACAAAGCUGGGUGUGGCCGUGAAUAAAUUGCGCACGCACACUGAUUCCAGAGUGGCCACGCUUGUAAAGACAAUGAUUUCGCGCUGGAAGGACCAAGUGUCUGCGCAGAAGCAAGCACAGGCGCGUCUCAAGGCGAAAAGUGCCAGUAAACCGGCCAGCGAGACCGCGGCCAAGCCCGAAGCUAAAGCCGACUCCCGAGCAAGCUUCAAGGCCGACAAACCACGCAAUGCCAAAAACGACGGCAUCUCCACAAACAUUUAUCCUGACAAAGUACGCAAUAGCUGCGUCGAUGUGAUCUAUACUGCAUUGGCGGUUGAUUCGACCGAGCAACCCCAGGUCAUUCUCGAGGCGGCCAAGCGGGUAGAGGGCGCUGUGUAUGCCCACGAAAAGAGCGCGACUCCAACCUACCGCACCAAAAUGCGAUCGCUGUUCAUGAAUCUCAAAGACCCCAAGAACCCUGGUCUCAGAACCCGCGUGGUGUCCGGAGACAUCAGCGCUGAGAGACUGCGCACGAUGACGCCGCAAGAAAUGGCGCCCGAAGAACUGAAAAAAGAAAUCGAGCAAAUCGAAAAACAAAACCUGUUCAAGGCACAAGGAGCCAAAGAACAACGAGCAGUCACCGACCGAUUCACCUGUGGAAAAUGUAAACAAAAGAAGGUCUCCUACUACCAGAUGCAGACCCGUAGUGCAGACGAGCCGCUAACGACAUUUUGCACCUGCGAAAACUGCGGAAAUCGCUGGAAAUUCAGUUAA